UUGUCUUUCAAUGAAUGAUUAUGAUAACAUCAACAAAGUGAGUUGUAACCUGAUAUCCAAAUGAUAACAAUAAUCAUAGUGGGUGGGUGUAGCAUCGUUUGACCAUAGUUAUAGUAGCCCUGAAGCUUUGAAAAAGGACAUUACUCCUAUCACAGAUAUGGGCAAUUGUUGUGGGAGUAGGUCCAAUACUGUUGAUAAUGAGGGUGAUCCUGAUCCUACUCCAAAGCCAAUCCCCCUUGGGACAACCAAUGCUGUUGUAGUUGAUAUUGUGUACUAUGAGGAUCCAACCCCAGCAGCAGUAUCUAGCUAUAGCUAUGCUCUCACUGACUCACCUGUGGCCACCCUUGACUGUGUCAAAGCCACCAAACAAAUUCAAGGAUGUCUCGGACUUAUUGUUCAAGUUAGUAUCACCAAGGAGAUAGGGUUUAAGGCAAGAUAUGAACAAGAUUUUACCGAUCCUAAGCCAAUAAUAAAUGUUACAGUGACACCUGAGGCAGAUUGUCAAUGGCCUCCUGAUUCAAAAGUUUCAGUUGCACUUCAAGGCCAAUUAAAAGAAAUAAUCGAGAAUGAGUGGAAAUUGCAGCUUCAUAAAGACUAUUUUGCUUUGAUUACCAUGAAAGAUCAAUGAUAAAGACAUAUUCACAAUAUUGAGUGUAUAACACUGACUAUGAAUUAUACAUACAUACAACCUUAUUACAACAGACUCCAAGUUUAUUGGAUUUUUGUCACUUUUUACUAAAGCAGCUUCAUAAUAUCGUGUAAAAAAAUUAAC